CAAAUGGGCAAGGAAGUUGUGAAACUUUCAAGUUGGCGGUGAUCGCGGUUCCUAACGAUGACACGAGGUUAUCAGUGAGUUGAGAAGACGCAGAGUCAUGGCUAGCUAGCUAGCUAGCCUUCGGGCCCGAGGAUUUAUACCGGCUGAAAACUGGAUUGACAGUUGUAUUUUGGAAUUGUCGUGGGCAAGGCGACUGUGCACAAGAAGUUGAGAUGUCGUUGCAUACUCAAUCCGAGUCGGCAGACGACACCGUAGAUGAUACCAUGGACUGGCCAGAGAUAUCAGAGGCUGAAAGGCUCCAGCAUGAAUCUCUGUUCUUUAGCCAAGGACCACUCAAUGGUGUUCUUUCAGGUGAAAGGAUUCGUGAUCUGUUCCUACAUUCUGGAUUACCUUUGACAUCUUUGAGUCGUCUCUGGAACCUAGCUGAUGUGACAAAUGAUAACCUGUUAAGUGUGGAGGAGUUCUGCCUACUGAUGCACCUGACCCAGUGUCAUUUAAGGGGAGUAAAAAUUCCCACCACCCUGCCGCCUUCGCUCCACCCAGCUCCGAUGACCAACAUCCAACUGCCUGUGAUCUCAGACCAACAGAAAACACUCUGCCAAGAAGCCUUCAAAUCUCAACUCCAAAAAGGGGACACCAAGCACUUAUCUGGGUCAGGACUGAAGCCUUUACUCCUCAGACAGAUCUGGCACCUGGCUGAUCUGGAUAAGGAUGGUUUACUGUGCGCUGAGGAGUGGGAAGUUUUCUGUCACCUGGUCAAGUUCGUUAAACAAGGUAAGAGCAUAGAGGGUGCAGUCAAUGUGUAUAGCUGUAUACCAGAAAAGACCUCACCAUUUUCACUGCAAGCCCAGAGACUAAGGUUUACCACUCCAACUGAUUUCAGGGUAUCCAGAUUUCAUAGAGACAAAGCUAUAUUAUCAGCAUGGAAGGAAAGACGCAAGGAAGAAUGUCUGAGAGAAAUGAAGCGCCAUGAAAUCCAGCUUCAGAAGAUUGCGCUGAUAGAGAAACUGUUGGAAGUGCUCAAAGAUAUAUCUCCAAAUUCAGAUCACACAGUUACAGUCCAAAAGAAUCUCCAGCAUGAGCGAGAGAAACUCAGAAAGCAGGAAAAGAUUGUGAUAAGACUAAGACGAGAACAUGAAAAGGUUCGUGAGGAGACUGUCAAGGCCAUUGUGACAGAGCAGAAACUGCAAGAAGACGAGAAGCAGAUCAAACUGGAGACAGAAGAUAUAGCUAGGCGUCUGUCAACACCAUAUCGUAAAUCUACCAAAGAUCCGGACCCUUUCCAUCAAAUCCACGAGGAGAGAAAAGAAUUACGAAAGAAAGGAGUUCGCUUCUGUGAUCCUGAUGUGCCCAAAGUCCAUGUACCCUUUGUGUUCAGUCCCUUUGAUCGAGAUCGCUUAAAAACUCAGCAGGAAGACUUACCAAAGACAGAAACAUUUUCAGAUUGUGAUAUAACUAACCUUGACCGCUCAAAGCUCAAGGAAGCUCAAGAAUUUUGGGACAAAGUGACAUCACUAAGUGACUUGCCCAUCACACCCACUUCUAUUUUGCCCAGCCCAACAACCACACCAACAAGUCCUGAUAAAAUGGGAAGUAAAAGGUGGGCAUUCUCUGCAGAACUCGAACCAAUUACAGAAGAAGAUGCUGUUUUCAAAACAGUCCCAGUGUUGAUGGAUGAAGAGUUUUGGUUUGCUCCAUAUCUGACACUGGAUGGAAGCAAUAACCAGCAUAUGAUUGAUCUGCAUAAGAAGCUGCUAGAUCUCAAAUUAGAAGUGGAAAAGCUCAACAGACAUGGAGGGCAACUUGUUUUUAGAAACCCUGCAGACUACGAGGCCAAUCUUCUGCCCAAACAUAGCGGGAGUCGCACAGACCGAGCCCGUCAUUAUCGAGAGAAGCUGCUGGACAAUGCUGCGCGACGCCACACCAGUCCUGCAGGCAACCGUGACAGCGGAGAGGAAAACCCGAGUAAGAAAGCUGCCAGAGAGUAUCGUAUAAAGCGGCGCUCCCUAAACCUUGAGCAGCAAAAGGUUCUGGGAGAGUCCGUAGCAGGAAGUACAGUAAGAGGUGGAUCAGCGGAAAACGUUCGCUCUCCUAGAUCCUCACCACGUGCUUCUCCUCUUGCCUCGCCACGCACAAAACGCAUUGUCUCAUGGAAAGCAGGGCGCCUGCUAAGUUUGGGUGAUUCCUCUUCAAUUCAACGAACUUCCCGCCAUAAAACUGACUCUCUGGACAAAGACCAGCUGGAAACUUCAUCCAAAAACACAGGAGUGGUAGAACAGGCAUUAUCCAGGAAAGAUAAUUCUAUUUUUGCAAGGGAAAGCCUUGCAACUUCUGAUGACCACAAACAAAGUUCUGAAGAUCAGCUAAUCAACCAAGAGCAGACAAACCUUGAUGAAAGCUCUCACAGUAACCCUGUGAUUUCAGUGCCAGGACUUCUGUUUGAAGAUAUCAGUGGAUCAGAGACUUCCUCUGGUAUCUCUGUGAUCUGUGACACAUCCACAAGUAUUUCUCAACCUCUGUCGCCUGUUGAUUCAGGGUCAGUAUUUGAUGCUGACAAAUCUGAUGCACUUGAUGAUCUGGUGUUCUUAGAUGAAGUCACCCCUAAAGAAGAAUCUCAGACUAAGGAUGACACAAGGGACAUUGACUUGGGCUAUUCCACUCUAAAGGAAUAUAGCUUGACUGUAAACAAAGGCAAACUGACGAAUGAAAGUGAAUCUCAUGUGAAGACAUCUGGGAACAUAGAAAUCGAGUCUACCAGCGUUCAGCCUGAAGACUUGGAAGGCCAGUAUCCCAUUGAAACCCAAGGUUUUGACUCUGAUAUUGACUCUGGGAAUAACUCUGGAUCUGAAACACCUCCACCUCUGCCUGAUAGUGCUCCACCACAGUCAGAGUCACAAACACCAGGUCCGUCAACACUGCCAGUCUCAACACUGCCAGAAUCAUUAUCUGAGAGCUCGACACAACCAAAAGUUCCGGAGAAAACAACAUUGUCAAGGGAGCCUUCCCAGCCAGCUGCAAAGUUUCACCAACAAUCGUCUACACCUGAAAAUACAUCUCAGUCUACAUUCACCAGAAAAUCACUUCAGCAGCCUUCCCAGCCAACAUUGCCUGAAAAACUUUCUAAACCAGUAAUACCUGAAAAAUUUUCCGAGACAACAUUGCAAACAUUUUCUCAAAAGUCCUCUCAGGAUAAUCAGGAAGCAGCUUCCCAGCCAGUAUUGUUGAUUGAUUCUCACCAAUUGACAUCAGAUGAUUCAUUCCAGACAACAUUACCAACUAGAGAAAAGACAAAUCCUUUGAGCAGUUCAGACCUGGGGCCCACAUCAUUACAAGAAACACAGAAAAUAAAUUUGGCUGAUACCAAUUGCCCACCUCCAUUGCCCAACACAGCACCACCACUUCCUUGUCUUCAAACCACUCUGCCAUGUGUUAAAGGCACAAGUGUUCUUGUUGAGAAAGUGGAACAAUGUUCUGACACUGAACUUGAUUCCAGAGACAUUUUCAUUGAAGAAAAUAAUUCCAAUCUUAAAGAAAAGAGUGAAGACUGUGGCAAGUUUACAGACUGUCAUCUUUUGAAAGAGGGCAACAGUUCUUCAAACUCGACUGGAUGUGAGGCGUCGGCCAAUUGUGACACUCAUUCCGUUAUUGACAAGAGAGUGACUGAUAUCAAGGUUGAGCAACGUAUUGAUAGUGGGGCAUCCCAAACCUCUAUUGCAGUGAAUCAUUGUGAAGAUACCGGACGCCAAAAUUAUAAAAGUGCAAUCACUGAAAGCAAAAUACCAGUGUCACAGAAUCAACAACCCGAAAUUGAUUUUUCUUUUAAAUCAAAGCAAGAAGUGUCCGGUGAUUCUGGACAGACCAAGAUUAGUAUGGAAGGCAGCAUUGGGGUUGGUUUGGGGGAAGAGGUGGUUGUUGCAGAACAUAGGUCUCGUCAGUACACAUUGCCACAAGAUUUCAUCCCAGUGGAGGAUGCUUCAGCUCCACACCCUAUUCCUCCUCCAAGACGUCGGUCCAAAACAGAUAAGCAAAGGAAAUCACAGUCUGCUGCACAGGAAAGUUGGACAGCUGAUAAACAAACAAAACCUCACCCUAAACAGGAAAACAAGGCAGAAGAGGUAAUUGAAGAAGAAAUUGUCAUGUUGAAAAGAGAGUCAACCGAAUCUGUGGUGCAGAUUGAUAAUUUAUUAAAUUCUUUAGAUGCGAGCAAAAUCACUUCUGGAGGUGAGGAAAAUUUUUCUGAUUCUGAUGUCAGUGAUGACGAUGGGAGAGGGAACUCGUCCCAGAACUUUCAACUGAACCAGACAGACACCUCAAACAUGCUGCCUGAUUUUUCUGAAGACUCCCCAGACGAUGGCAUCACCUUGGUGUGUUAUGAGACCAAACCUGAAUCCUUGAUGGUGUCAGAGAAGUUGUCCACAAAGGACAAUCUGGCUGACUUUGAGCAAAUGACAUUGGCCAAUGAGGUUGAGCUCACACCUGCAGUAAAUAAGGUCAACAUGUGCGAGGCUAUGUCGCCAACUCGAAACAAGGGUGAAGAGAGCUUAGAGCGUGGACGGGACUUUGCAGAGAAGGUACAACCGAAGUAUGUGAUCCGCAAGCAAAGCUCUGGUGGGUCGAGUCACAACCUUUCAUCAGAAGAUCUCCAGGAGAUGUUACAGGAAAGGCAGGCAGUGAUCAACCAGACCGCAGUUCUCAGACGUACUACAGACUGGAGUGACUGGAAACGGGAUGAUCCAGCGGAUCCAAGUGAAGUAGAAGCUGAUUCCAUCAACAAGGAUGCUACAUUGUAUCAGUGGGAAAACAAGAUAGCUGAAGAGACAACUGUUUCCCCGUCAGAACGUAAAGUAUCAGUUAGUGGUGAAGGUUUGCCAUCGAAAAUCAACCUGUACAGCGAAAACGUGAUACGAGAGAGCGACACGACAGAAGAGGUAGACAGAGAACCUAUUGCCAACAUUGCCAACACUAAAAAGCACUGGGAAAACUUGUUUCAGGAAAACAUCUUGCAGAAAGGCGACGAAAUCAAACCUAGGGGAACUGUACGACAUUGGGAGGUGAAGAUCCACAAAUACGAAAAACACGCUGUCAACGUGGAGAACAACAACAACAACAUGGACACAGAGAUGUAUGAGAAUGAGAGUGCCAUUGAGCGAGAGAUUCGGCUUGCCUUGGAACGAGAAGAACUGUUAAAACGAGAGAAAGAAGCUGCGAAUGCGGGAAGGCGGGAAUCGGUUGAUAAAGUGGAGCGUGGCGUUGUUGCUGAGCACGAAGCCCCAGUGCACGCCAGCUACGAGGAGAUGACCGAGGUGGACAGAGCAGCUGAAAUGUUGAGACGGCGUGUCAUGGCUGACCUGGAACCUUUACAGCCAUCAGAAGACCAUGAUUAUAUGAAUUUAGAAGAUCGAAGACUCUCUAAUACCUCCAGCCAGGACUCGGGAUCAGAUAACAGGAAUGGCGUGUAUAUGAACGAGAGUAUUGUGGAAAGAGAAAUCCGAGAGGCCACAGAACGUGAGGAAGAGCGGAGACGAGAAAGAGCUAACCAUCGCUCCACUUCUCGAGGCAGCAUCUCGGACAAACCUGACAUCGUUGUGAUCACGUCUGCUGAAGAGUCCACAGACGGGAUGGAGCGUGUCCGCGAAUGUGACAGCCCCAAGCUGACGUACGAGAGUGCAGUAUCUCAGCCAGAUCACGCAGGGGAAAGCUUGAUUGCUCGAGAGCUCAGAGAAACGCGAGAGCGGGAGGAAGAGUUAAGGAGACUGCGACAACAAAUGUAUGCCAACCCCUCGCCAAAUUCUGCCAAGUCUUCUGUUUCCCCUUCAGCAGGAACCACUGGGAAAGCAGUUCAGAAUGGUCACAGUGGAACUGAUGGGCAGGCACGCCCAGGCUCCUGGCAGAGGGAUGUAUCCCCGUAUGUGAGUAACCACAAGCGCAACUCGUCAGUGGACUCUGUAGCAUCUAGCCAGAGUAGUACUAGGGGUGGAUCAGCCACUGCUUCAGAUCCGCCAUCAGCCAGAGAAAAGAUUGUCAAGGUUCACCCCAUGGUGCCUAAUACUUCCUCAGAAGACAGCAAAAAAUCUUAUGAACCAUGCAGUGAGACACCCAUAGAACGAGAGAUUCGAUUAGCCAGAGAGCGUGAAGAUGAUUUCCGUAGAGCUAAAGGUCUUCCUGUUGCAGACAGAAAAGCUGAGCAGCCUCAUAUUGUGGAACCCUCCAAACCUACAAACUCUGUCAGGUCAGUUCACUUGCCAAGUGAUAACAGUACUUUGAAGCGCCUGACCAAUAACAGACUGAAACAGGAAAUUCGGAAAGAAAUAGAAAGGGAAGAAACUCUGCGCAAAGAAGGCAAAAUCUCCACCACAUCUGAUCAAAGAAUUGGACAGCCAAUGAAAUAUGUGGAGGUGAAGGAUGAAACAGACGGGGCGCCAAAACGGAACUUUCUUAUCAAGAAGCGCGAAGUGUCAAGUUCGAAGCUGGAAACGCCCCAUAAAAACGGGUCUGUGACACCCCCCAGCCCAGCUGCGCCGUCCUCUAACACAAACAAGCGCUCAAGCCUGGGCGGUAGUGCUACCUUCUCUUACAAAGAAACCAGACAGAAAGCAGAAUCAAAAAUAGAGCAGGAAUUAAGAGAGAUGAGAGAGAGGGAAGAGGAACUGAAGAAACAGCGUGCUAAUGCAGCAUCCCAGCCAUCACAGGUUGAACCUUCAAGAUAGUGAUAAUGAUGUUCAGCCCAUCAUGCGUCUACUUUUGCUGAAGUCAUGAUUUGUAGUACUUUUCCUGGUUAAGUGACGCACUAGUCUGAGAAGUAAACUAUUGUUUCAUAGAUUCACCUUGGAGCUGUGAGACUGCACAUCAAAACACUUGUGUAUUUAAUGCUGUUUUAUCAGCAUGACUCAUAAUCAUUGCUCUUGUGAUACAUGUAAGGGCACAUGCAAGGCCUCUUGUGUGUUACUUGCAGCGGCAAGAAACAAGUCUUCAACAGGUGCUGUGUGCUGUUUGCUGUUUUUGGGGGUUGGGCCAGGCUGGAGUGGGGGUGAUGAUUGUUAAUGAAUGAACUUUGUUGCUGAAUAUCUACAUACAUUUUCUGUUGGUUUCACAAUUAAAUGUUACCUCUUCUGUUAAGACAUGUAAAGUUGGAAAAUUUGGUGCGUCGGAUGAACAAGAAAACUUUUGCAUCAUGAAUUUACAUGCCAUGUUCCAGACAUGUGAGUCUUAUUUUCUCAAGUGGUUGAUGCUCAAAUGUAAUGACCAUGCCAGGAUGCCAGUUGCAGGAGCCAUAGAGUGACAUACAGAAAACAGCAAACGUGUGAAAUACAGCAAGAGUUUUGUCCCUUAACUAACAGCAGUCAAGUAGCUAGAAAAAGGCUGACUUGAACAUUGCUAUAAACAAUGUGCUUAACAGUGAACUAAAUUCACUGCACUUUAUUGUAAAGUGAAUGGAGACAUGGCGAUUUCUGUACUGAACGAGAAAGCAGUCAAGUUGCACAGGCCUGCUUCUCUACAUAAUAAAGCAUGGUUUGUUUAACUUGCUUGUCCUAGUUUUUAAGUGGAGAUACAUGUACAGCGUUAUAAUUUUGAUAAAAGAUGCAUUAGUGUGUUGCUUUUUGUAUUGGUACAUUAACAUAUAUAUAUACAGAGCAUAGUUGCUUCAGUCAGCAUGUAAGUUAUUUCUGGAGUAAUAUUUUGUUUAUUCACACCUAAUGCAGGAAGUAUGAAACAAAUACAAUAUUUCUUUAUUAGGUAUUGAAAGAAUGCAGACUGUGCUGAUCCACUGUUUGCUAACUCCUGUUUAAAGACUUCUGUUGUAGAAUUCAUGUAAAAGGUUUGUGUAAGAAUCCUACAUGUGUCUUCUGACUUAGAAAUAUGACCUGUAAUAGGAUUCAUGACUCUAAAGCCCUCUACCUUUUAAAAGGUGCAUUUGUUCACCAGAAAAAAAUAAACUUUGCCAAGCCAGCAUGCAAAGAUUUAAAAGUCAAAGAAUUACAUAAAACUUAUUUUGGUGAAUUUCAGCCCUUUAGUUCGGUAUUUUCCAAAGUCUUCCCAAAGUGUGAUGAAUGUAUGAGUCAGUUUGCUCCCCUGUUAAAGAUUGAUUUGUUAGAACGGUUUUAUUUUCUUUUGUCAAACAUUUAACUUUUAAAAGAUCUGUUGUACGGUACAAGUAUUCUUUGUGGUUUAUAUAUGCUAAGAUAUAUAUACUUGUUAUGUUUUCAUUUUGUAAAUAUUUAAAAUAUGUAAUUACAUAUCCAUAAUUUUAUCAUAUCUAUUAAGUGUAACAAAUGCCAGCUGUCUCAGAUGUGCUUUUGGUAAGAUUUUAGUUGCUACUACUACUAAUGAGAAAUCUACCAGAGCCAGUAUCAUUAUAUUGCAUUAUAUACUGACAAUUAUGAAUUCGUCAACAGAUUGUACAAUGAGCCCUUUCAUACAUGCAAAAUUGAAGUCAAAGCCAUUUCCUGCAUAGUUCUGCCAUUAGCAAAGACGUGUCUUUUGAAACCUAAAGUAGUCACAAAAUAUCUAAUCAAAAAAAUGUUGUGCCUUGUAAUGUAUCACUCCUAUGAAAGGAUAGUCACAUCAGACUGUGACAUGAUUUUUAAACAGGCCAUAGUUUUACAAAACUGUCAUUCUGGAGUUUUCCUGUAAUGAGUUGUGUAUAUCGGAAUAAAACAGUGUUUUGUACUAACAAUCUCUAAGAAGGUUUGAUUGUCUAUACUAAAAGUGUGGAAGUAAAUGAUAGCAAUAAUAAAAUAUAUCACCUCCAUUCCAUACUGUUUGUAGCCGUUGAUCUAAGUAAAUUAUUUGUAGAUUUUUUUUACACAUUCCAUUUUAGAUCUGUAGUUUUGUUGAUAUUUCCAUGUUUAUACAUUUAAUAUGGCUCUUUAUACAUGUAUAUAUAUUUUUCAUUACAUGAGUCUUGUUUUAUACAUAGCUCCAUUCAACAACAUAAUCAAGUGCAAUUGUACGUGUAGUAUACACCAUUAUGCAGGGCUGCUAUGCUACGUAGAGUUCAAUAGAUCUUAUAAGGCUGUCAGACCGCCUAAAUCUGAUCUUUUUGACAAUAAAAUAUCUUUGU